GAGGGUGGCAAGGAUGGAAAUCUCACUUUCGACGAGGCGUGUGCGCAUGUGACCGGUUUGAAACUUCAGGGACCUGAAACUCGACCGAUCAAAAGCGAUCGCACUCUCGGCGACAUAGGCAUCGGUGACCUCCCCGUUCGUCAGCUUGAUAGCUCCAGCACCAAAGUUGAACAGUUCGCAGAUUGCCUGAUGUAUCAUCAUCUCGAUGUCACCGACGGCAUGUUCGAGAACAUCUACAAGAUUUGCUACCAAGGCAAGUAUGCUCAACUACCCGAACCUUUCUCGUUGAAAAAGGAGCCUAUGGUGCCUUACACGCUUCAGAUCAUCAUCUUGUCUACAGCCCCACCUUCUGAAGGAGACGCUAACGGAGCAUACGUCCACAUCUUUAAGCACGUGUAUCUCCACAAGAACAAAAUCAAUGCUAAGGAUGCCAUUGCGAUGUGUCAUGGUAAUCCACUUCGUUUUGAUUGGGGCAGUCAAACGAGACUCGCUUUGUCAGGUCUAAACUACAUGAUGGACCGCUUAGGAGGAAAACAGCUACGUCAUUGGUUGGUGAAGCCGAAGUUCGAAAAGAAGCUCACAGUUGAUCAACAAGCUCGUGAGGAAGGAUAUCGUUUUAUUCGCGAGUUCGGUCCUAGGGCGAAUAACAGAAAUCAGUUCAUGGAAUGGACCGACGAACAGGUGCACAUGCCCGGUGGCAAGAUUGAGGGUUGGAGUGAGGGGAAAGUCAAGGAAGCGCUCGGCAAUUACAUGAAAGGUCGUCAAAACGCAAAAACGCUCGAGUUUUGGCCGUUUACAUUGAAAAGCUUUGUGGGUUGGUUCUUGGACAACGUGAUCGCAAAGAUGCUCCCGACAAUGCGUCAACACGGUGUGACCUGGAUUGGGCGCACUCGCACUGGAAAAUCGCUUGGCUCCAAAACGGUUCUAUUCGUCCAGUCCAAGUAUGAAAUCGACAUGGCGGAUCGCAGUGACCUUGUACCCUCAAUCGUCACCGCGAAACAUCUUGACUUUUUCAAGGCGGAACCCCUGACUAAGUUCAAGCCCGGCGUGUUCGAUGACGGGAUGCUCCAACGCAUGGAUGCUUCCUUCCUCAAGGCAUUCUUGAACCCAUCAGAAGAAGACGCUACGGUGUGGGCUAGAUAUUCUUCCGCACAGUUUGAACAGGGAGCGGGCAGACACGCAUGUAACAAUCCGUAUGCCGACGAGGUUGACAACGAGGUUUUCAAGGAAAUGUCCGUUUCGAAGAUUUGGCAGAUUUCUUACCAGAACUUCAAGAAGCUCAUCAACCCUUCGUUCGCAGGUGUUGAAGAAAAGGAAGACAUGGAUGCGAUCAUGGCCAGAACUCAUUUGAUCGUCAUUACCGACAACGGCAUCUACCAUCGUUUAGCAUCAACCUCGAAAGAUCCA